GACCAGUUUACAACUUCCUGUUUAGUUUGCAAGCGGAUAUAAGCCGCGGAACCUUCCUCUGUCUAUAUUUAUCGAUAAUUUUUGAUAAGCGCCUAAACACACACUUCAGAAGAUGUCGGAAACGGGGAACCGACUACGCAAACUGCUCGAAUCGCCGAAUUUCGACCCGCAAAAUUACGUGAAGCAGCUGUCACAACAGUCCGAUGGCGACCGAGAUUUGCAGGAGCACCGUCAAAAAAUCCAAAACUUGGCCGACGAAACGGCUCAAAACCUAAAGAAAAAUGUUUAUAAGAACUACAGACAGUUCAUCGAAACGGCCAAAGAGAUUUCCUACCUGGAGAGCGAGAUGUACCAGCUGAGUCACAUCCUGACGGAGCAGAAGAGCAUCAUGGAGAGCAUCACUCAGGCCUUACUGUCCACGGACAAAGACGAGACCUCCAAAGAGAUGCAGGCUGCUUUCCCCAAAGAAACAGAGGAGGUGAAGCAGAGGACGCUCACCUCACUGCUGGAGAAAGUGGAGGGAGGUAAAAACAUCAUGGACACCCCAGGGAGGCAUUUGGUCUACAAUGGUGACCUUGUGGAGUUCGAUGUUGACAACAUGUCCCCCAUCCAGAAGGUGCACGCCUUCCUGAUGAAUGACUGCCUGUUAAUCGCCACCUGGCUGCCAAACCGUCGAGGGACUGUCAAGUACAAAUACAACGCCCUGUACGACCUGGAGAGCUUCGCUGUGGUCAACGUAAAGGACAACCCUCCCAUGAAGGACAUGUUCAAGAUCCUCAUGUUCCCGGACAGUCGCAUCUUCCAGGCGGAGAACAGCAAAAUCAAGAAGGAGUGGCUGGAGAUCCUGGACGAAACCAAGAAGAACAAAGUCACCAAGGACAGGCACAAUAAGGAGGAGCAGGUCCUUAGUUCUCCCGUGAGGACUGAGGUGUCCACCAACCCUUUUGAUGUGGACGAUGACGAGCCAGCCGAUGCUGAAGAAAGUGUGGACCUCAGCCUUGAGUGGAUCCAGGAGCUGCCGGAAGAUCUGGACGUUUGCAUCGCCCAGAGAGACUUUGAGGGUGCUGUGGACCUGCUGGACAAGCUCAACGAGUAUCUGAAAGACCAGCCGGUCACCCAGAAGGUCAAAGAGCUGAGGCUGAAGGUGGAUGAGCGCGUGCGACAGCUGACGGAGGUUCUGGUGUUCGAGUUGUCUCCAGAUCGGUCACUUCGUGGUGGACCUAAAGCCACCCGGCGCGCUGUGUCCCAGCUGAUCAGACUAGGUCAGUCCACCAAAGCCUGCGAGCUGUUUCUGAAGAACCGCGCCGCUGCGGUUCAGACGGCCAUACGGCAGCUUCGCAUAGAAGGAGCCACGCUGCUCUACAUCCACAAACUCUGCAACAUCUUCUUCACCAGCUUGCUGGAGACGGCCAAGGAGUUCGAGAUGGACUUCGCGGGGAACACGGGCUGCUACUCCGCCUUUGUGGUCUGGUCCAGAUCGGCCAUGAGGAUGUUUGUGAACGCCUUCAGCAAGCAGGUGUUUGACAGUAAGGAGAGCCUGUCCACAGCAGCGGAGUGUGUCAAAGUGGCCAAGGAGCAUUGCCAGCAGCUGACCGAGAUCGGCUUGGACUUGACCUUCACCCUGCAGUCCCUGCUGGUCAAAGACAUCAAGGCAGCCCUGCUGAGCUACAAGGACAUCAUCAUGGAAGCCACCAAGCACCGCAACUCUGAGGAGAUGUGGAGGAGGAUGAACCUCAUGACCCCCGAGGCUCUGGCUAAACUCAAGGACGAGAUGCGCAGCUGCGGUAUGGGCAGCUUCGAGCAGUACACGGGCGACGACUGCUGGGUGAACCUGAGCUACACCAUCGUGGCCUUCACAAAGCAGAUGAUGAGCUUCUUGGAGGAAGGCUUGAAGCUCUACUUCCCCGAGCUGCACAUGGUGCUGCUGGAGAGCCUGAGGGAGAUCAUCCUGGUGGCCGUGCAGCAUGUGGACUACAGCCUCCGCUGUGAGCAGGACCCCGAGAAGAAGGUCUUCAUCAUGCAGAACGCCACCUUCCUCCACGACACCGUGCUGCCCGUGGUGGAGCGGCGGUUUGAGGAGGGCGUGGGCAAGCCGGCCAAACAGCUGCAAGACCUGAGGAAGAGCACCAGGCCGGUCCGGAUCAACCCAGAGAGCACCACAUCUGUGGUCUGAGACUGCAGUAAAGGAUGGUGGACAAAACAAAAACUGAUAUUGACUGUUCUGGCAAAUUUCAUCUAACGUGUUAGACAUAACCACUAGAAGCUGGUUGCUUUGGGACUGCAGGACAGGAAAUGGCAGGAUGCAACAGCAGAAUAAAAUACUUUUAAGUCAGGUGUGUGUGAACAGCCACUUUGCACCUGAACUUGUUGCAGCCCAUACAACAGUGCCUGCUGAAAGUGACUAACAUUGAUGAAAAUAAUGUGCUGAUUUCACAAAUUCCUGUUGCUGCAUCUAUUAUUCAGGUUUGGGCAACAAACAUGUUCCCGUUUUCAUGUCAACCAGGAAGUGCACAUCAAAAGAACGCAGCUGAAGUGUAUGUUAGUCUCCCCAUCAGACUGCUGCUGUUUGCUCUGAAAUUUCAUCACACAAUUCGCCACAGAAAUCGGAUUUUAGAUGGAAUAUGUGUGUGCUCACCAUGGAAAGCUGUUCAUGCUGUUUGAUGAUGCUUUUAUUUUGACACAACUGGUCAGUUAGUAGACACUAAAUGAUGAUUCUUGCAUACCAGGACUGAUGAAAAGGGAGGACUGAAAAGCAGAUGCACUGAGAAAUGUUCAGUGUUGUAAUAAUUAAAGUUUAUGAAAUUUAAUAAAGGCCGUAAAGCACA